AAGAUAAUAUCCGUAUAAAAAAUAGGCAUAAUCCCGAGCGGGGGCUCUUGAGUGUGGCUACCGACCGUGACGACUGUCCGUCCGCUACAAUCCCGAUUUGCGGGGACGGCAGGUGUGAAUGCCAUGUAACAUCAACAAGCAUCGAGUGAAGAAUAGGCUAUAGCCUGACCCCACGUGGGUGACCCGGGUCGCCCGGCCACUCGUGUUGGGUGGCUCCAGCACUUCAGGCAUGGAGAGCUCAAGUGGGACGCGCGUGGCUAAGCCACCAUCAGCUGUGUCCAAAAGCCGUCCUGCCAAACAAGCCCCUAGCCCGGAGACAGCCAGGACAGACAGCCUGGAGAACACCAAUCAUGGAUCUUCCUUUAAUGAGAGACUGGAAGGGAAGAGGAAGGGUCGCCCACGGAUGGAGGGACAGGAGCUGCGGAGCAUUCCUGCCCAUAUGAUGGUUCAGUGGAAGGAGGAGUUUAAGAAUCGCUCUCGUGUUAAGUGCCCGUGUACAGGCUGCUGGCUGGAAUUUCCUAGUAUUUAUGGAGUCAAGUACCAUUACCAGCGUUGCCAAGGGGCAACCGUCCCUGAGAAACUGAGUCACAGCUGUCCAUACUGCGAGGCGGUCUUUGCCACCAAGGUGCGUCUCCAGAAGCACAAACUGUGGAACCACCCAGACAGGGUCACCAUGGAAACAAAGUCAGAGCCCAAAGUUCAGAAGGGGCCCAUGAAGGGAAAUGCCAAAAAGAGACCCAUGGAGAACAGUCCGCCCUCUCCAGUGUUCUUCAAGGUGAAGAAGACACAGGAAGUGUCGCAGCCAUCACAGAACGGAGAGUGCGCUCCCCAAAAACAGGACAGGAAGCAGCACUCCUCACAGCAGCAGGGCACAUCGUCAGACGCCUCCCCCAGAACCCCCGGAGGCAGCGAGAGCGAAGGAGGCAGUCUUCCUCCACCCUUCCCCGAGGAAGACCCAGAGAGAACAAAGCACAGGAGGAAGCAGAAAACUCCAAAGAAGUUCACAGGAGAGCAGCCCUCCAUCUCGGGGACGUUCGGACUAAAAGGGAUCAAUAAAGUUGAGGAGAAGCUGAAGGCGGGCAGAGCGAAAAGGACCGAGGGGAAUGCGUUCAAUGACGAGUCCCAGAGGAAGCCUCCGACUCCAGCCACAGCGAGGAGAGAAGCCCCUUCCAUCAGCUCAGGUCCUCCAUCCGAGGCCCAGUGGCACCGUGCCAUAUCCGAGCGGGGGGAGGUGGUGUGUCCCACAUGCUCCGUGGUCACCAGGAAGACCGUCCCUGGCCUUAAGAAGCACAUGGAGAUCUGCCAGAAGCUCCAGGACGCUCUGAAGUGUCAACAGUGCCAGAAACAGUUCAGGUCCAAGGCUGGCCUGAACUACCACACCAUGGCAGAGCAUACAAACAAGCCCUCCGGAGAGGAAAGCGUGACCGCCGACGGACAGGAGGAGAGAGAGAGACUACGUAGAGUCCUCAAACAGAUGGGCAAAAUCAAGUGCCCCAGUGAAGGUUGCUCGGCUCACUUUGCCAGUCUAAUGGGUUAUCAGUACCAUCAGAAGCGCUGUGGCAGAGAGCCGUGUGAAGUGGAGAAGCCCGUCUUCCUCUGCCAGCACUGUGGCAAGACGUAUCGCUCCAAAGCCGGCCGGGACUACCACCUGCGCUCUGAGCACCCCUCCACCACACCCACAACCACACCUCCAGCUGCCACGACCACAGCUGCAACCACAGCUACAACCACAGCUACAACCACAGCAACAGCUACAGCCGCAGAGGUUUGCCCUGAGGACUGGAAGCAGGGAGGGAGGAAAGAACAAACCCCGACACACAAACAGAAGGAGGAAGCUCAGAGCAAGAGCCCCGCCAGGGUAAAGGAGAGACCCGAGGAAAAGGAGGUGGAGACAGAGGAGCAGAGAGAGGAGGUCCCGGCAACGCAGGAACUGCUGGAUUUCGAGCGGACGCCCAGCGGGAGGAUUCGCAGACGUUCGGCUCAGGUCGCCGUCUUCCACUUGCAGGAGAUCGCCGAGGACGAGCUGGCGAAAGACUGGGGCAACAAGCGGCGCAUCAAAGACGACCUGGUACCUGACAUAAAGAGACUCAACUACACACGUCCUGGCCUUCCAAAGUUUAGUCCCAAAACCCUGGAGACCUGGAAGAAUGAAGUGAAGGAGAAAGGCUUUAUCUGUUGUCCCAACGGGAGCUGUGAAGCUGUGUACUCAAGUGUGUCCGGUCUCAAAGCCCAUUUGGCAAAUUGCAACAAGGGAGGGGGCGCUGUAGGAAAAUACACAUGCCUGUUGUGUCAGAAGGAGUUUAGCUCAGAGAGUGGGGUGAAAUAUCACAUCAGUAAAACUCACUCUCAGAACUGGUUUCGUGCGUCAGGCCACGUGGUGUCCAACAACCAGAGGAAAAGCUUGCAGACUAACCGCCCUGAGAAGGAAGUUAAAAACGGGGUGCCGGGGAAGAAGAGGGGUCGGAAACCCAGGGAACGCCCGCCAGAGACGACCUCUGUCCCAUCAAAGACUCAGAGCGCGACUCCAGCCUCUGUCCUGGUCCAAACUCCAAACCCAACCCAAACUACAGCCCAGCCCCCAGCCCAAACCCCAGCCUCUGCCACCAUCACCAUCACCUCUAGUCCUCCCUCAACCCUCGCAGACAGGGGGAUUUCAACCCAAAACAGAGACACACAGCCCGUUAUUAAGAAGAGAGGCAAACCCAAAAAGGUGCCCCCCACUGAAUAA